AUGUACAACGAACGAAGAGCAGCCAACAGGAACAGAGCACUACCUUCGGCGCCAAAAGGACCACCUUCUUACCCCCGUUCAAGAGACAGACUACCUCACAGACUUCCUAAGAGAUCCUACCCGCUUCGGAGGGAUGAUCACCCACGUGAACACCACUACAGUCGACAUCAGCAGCAAACCAGGUACCAGGAAACACCAGUGCCUUCUUUUGAAUCUUUGAAACCGAGAGAUACCCGUUGGGAUGUAUGCAUUGCUAAAUUGCAGGGAAUGUCUGCCAGAUUUGCCAAGGCGUCCGGCGUGUUUCCUUCGCCUUCUAUUUCUCGUGUCGAUACCCUAACAGCCGAAGAGGUGAAGGAACUUAUUGGCAAACAACAAAAAUACGAACAAAUGCGUAGAGAACGACAAGUGUCACAGAACAUAUCCGGUAUAAGCAAUUCAAAGGCGUCUAAAACAGUCCAUUUGCAGGGGAUCGAUUUUGAUAUCAUCAGUACUCAGACCGUUCAUACAUAUCUGGAAAAUUUCUUGGCUUCAACAGUGAUACCAAACGUAUCAUAUGAAGACCUGAAGAUAACUACAAGGGUCGAUGGACAAUCGUUGAUUGUAGAAUGUAUGUCGUCGUUAGUGGCAACAACCCUUCUCUCGUUCCAGGGGAAGCAAAUCGAAGAAUUUCAAUGCACACUACAAGUCAACAGGCCUCCUGAUUAUAUUGCUAGCUCAAAACCGUUGGUUAGAAAGGAACAAGAUGCUCAGAUUGUCGACGAAAUCAUCGAGACAUCAUCACUCAUAUGCGUUAAUGGCAUAUCCAAAGAGUCCUUGGCUGACGAUUUGAGGAAGGUCUUUGCAGAAUUUGGAACACUAUACUCAAUUUCCAUCCUGUUGGAUAAAUUGUCUUAUGAUUCAAUAGGGGUUGCGUUUAUAAAUUAUAUGAGCUUAAACGAAAAUAUCACCUACAAGGAUAUUUUCAAUAACGUGAAAGAAAAAUAUCAAUGGAACUGCCACUGGGCUUGUAGAAACAGGGACCACCGUUAUUUCCAGAGCUGUGACAUAACGACAAUGAACAUCAAAGAAUUGGUAGAUUUUAGAACAAGGGAAAUUUCCAAACAUGAACAUACAUCCACUAUACAGAUACUAAAUGUUCUGCCCGCUAACCAGUUGAUAGGCGAUGAAACGGAUAAACAGUUCAAUGUAUUCAGGAACGAGGUUUCCCAGUUGAGAGGAUUCAAAGAUAUCAAGGUUACCAAACCACCCAAGGAUGUCAAAUCCAUCACACCCGAGGAGUUUGUACCCGAAUAUGGUAGGGUAUAUAUCAAAUUUGAGAAGCCAAAGGAUGCCAGUAGCGCACUUACCCAGAUAUGUGGUAGAUUUUUUAACAACCGUUUACUUUUGGGAUCGUAUCUGGAUGAUUCUCUAUUCUAG